GGGCCGAGUCUGGCCAGGCCUGCGGGGGAGUGGGAGGGCCGGAGUGGCGCCACGCCCCGGGGGCUGGACUGCUGGGGGGGCGGGUGGAAGUACCAUCUCUCCCUCCCUCCCCGUCCCUUCCUCUAGCUCCGUCUCUGGAAGAAGCCGCCCCUGGCCCUGUCCCUUCGAGUCCCUCCCUGGGCAGCCUCUUUCUCCCCGUGCGUUAUUCCAUGACCCUGGGGAACACCAACCCCGGAGCUCUCCCUCCGUGCGCCCGGUUGUCUGCCUCCCCCGGGAGCUCCCAGCCGCCGGCCCGCCCCACGAGUUUCCUCCUCCCCCGUCUCGGUCCUGAAUCCCGGAAAACACGCCCCCUUCCCCCCGAUCCGCCCGAGUCCGCGCCGCCCACCCCGGGGCUGUUCCGACCAGCUCUGGCCCAGCGCAUCCACUCGCCUCCUGGAAGGGAGCGGGCAGAUGCCAGCUCGGCCCCCACCCCUCGCCCCCUCCCCUCGCGGGGUUCCGGCUUCACGCACGGCUGCCCCGAACUGCUCCGGGCUGCGCGAGCAGGUUCGCGCCGCAGCCGCCUGGCGCGCCCCAGCCCCGCGCCCCGGGGGAGUAAGAGAGGGCGCCAGGGGCGGGACUCGUCUGCGGGAACCCUACUGGGUCCAGGGCCCCGCCCUCCUCCAGCCCCUGGCCGCUGCGCCUUCCCCCGACCCCCCCACAGCUCCAGCCGUCGUUCUCUCGCCUGUCUGUUCUGGGGACCGUUCAGCGUGGAGUUUCUGCACUCUACUUGAGCGCAGUUUUUGGCCUAGCGCUUGCUUGCAAAGUGCAGGUUAAUUACUACUGCGUAGCUCCCAUCCUCUGCCUUUCCCCCAUCCCGAGUGAGGGGUUGCUUCAUCCCUCAGGGAAAGUGACAAGACCCGUGCAGGCCCCUAGUGACACCUCUGGGGUGUGGCCUCAGGCCCCUGCACACGCCCUGUUCGAGAUUCCAUUGGCCCAGACCUGGUACUCCUGGGCACCUGGGGAUGAGGUGGGUGGCUGGUCUCUGGGUUCCUCCUGGGUGGCCAGAUGCGGAUGCAGCUGGGUUAGAACGCAGUACUUGGUGUCCCAACUGGGAGAUAGCCCUCAGGCCUCCUCUCAGGGAGGGGAGGGACAGCCAGCAUUAAUUCCUGGCCGGCCAGCAGAGGCAGAGGAAGGGGAAGGGUCAGCUGCCCUGAGGUCCCUGCCUGCUAACCUGAUGGCAUGUUUUCACCAUGCCGGUGUUCUUAGCCCCAGGACUAUGAGCAACUCGCCUGGCUCCCUUCUUUCCCUCUGCCUCCUGGCCGCUGGGCCUGGAGAGCUGGGAGCCAGAGGGUGUCAAUGAAGGGCAGGGCUGUUUGGGUGACUCCAUGCUCUGCUCCUCCCCGAGGGAAGACAAUGCUGCUUACCGUUUACAAGGCCGGUUACAGCUGCAGGCCUCAACUCAGCUCCAAAAGGCAGAGCCAAAUGGGGACUCAGGUAUCUUGGUUCUGGGUCCCCUGGAAGGAGUUCAGGGGAUAGGGCAGGGGACACCUUAGCAUUGAACCCAGAGAGAGCCAGCUGGGCUUUUGCGGGCUAAUGGCCUGGUGACUCACAGUCAGAGGUGGGCAGGGAGUGGGCCAGGGCAGGCAGGAGCCCUUCCAGAGUCCUGCAUGCGCUGCCACAGGCCUACUUGGCCUGUUUCUGGAAAGCGGGGAGGUAGGUGGAAGGGGCCGUCCACCCCUCAAGCCUGGCUGCCCUUUGAGGGUCUAGCUUCUGGCCCUGAGCCCUCCUGGGGCUCUGUUUAUGGCUGUAAUUGCAUCAUUAGCCAGAGUUUAUAGAGUUACUUAGCACCUGCCCCCACAGGGAGUGGCCCAGCCACCCCCUGGCUUCUGUCUCUUCCUUUUCAAAGUCAACUCGGUUUCUCCCGGCAACAGGGGUUUCCCCAACCACAGCUGUCAUGAAAACCAGGUUGGGCCUUUGUCCUGGGGAUGGAGGGCAGUCAGCACUUGGGGCCCAGCUUGGGGCUGCCCUGGAGAUGACCAUGGAAGUUGGGCUGGCCUCCUCUGAUCGGAAGGAGGGAGUUCACGGUUCUCAGAGCUGCCAGAAAUGCCCACAUCCCAGGAUGCUGUGAACAUGUAUGCAUGCAUGUGCUGUGCGGAUCCUCAUCUGAGAGGAGGGAGAUGAAAACACACCCAUCUCACAGGCUGCUGUGAGGACUAAGGGGGCGGCAGUGCCCGCUAUGUGGUGAGUACGUGAGGUUGCUUUCUGGGUUGGCGUGGGGUUUAGGUAAUGGUUGUGAGUUUGUGUGUGCGGUUAAGUGUCUAGGAAUAUGGGUAUAGAUGAAUUGUGAAUAUGUGUCUAUAAGAAUGUAACAAUAAAACAAGAUUAUAUUCAUAGAAUAUUCAGCUCCUCUCUUAUGCUAUUAUAUUGUAAUAACAAUAUGAUAAUAAGAUUUAUUGUACAAUAGUUGCCAAUAUUUAUUGUGUGUUUACUCUUUGGAGUGAGGUGGGAAUUACUGUUUGCAUUACACUUACUCAGAGAAGUUAAGCAAGUUACUUAAAAUCACACAGCCUGGAAGUGACAGGAUUGGGAUUUUAACCCAGGUCCAAUUGACUCCAAAGUCUGUGUUCUCAGUCCCUAAAGAAAACCACUUCUUCAAAGGGUUUCCUAGGAGUUCUCUCUUGAAAGAUGGGGGUGUGGUGGUCUGGAGACCUUCUUUUCUCUAUCCAGAGUUUCCUGCUCUAAGCAGGGUGGGUCUUUUGGAGUCCUAGGUGGGAAGAUCACUGGAGUCCAGGAGUUCGAGACCACCCAGAGUAACAUAGUGAGACCUGGAUUCAAUUGAAAAAAUAAUUUGUAUGAAAAAAAAAAAAGCAGGGUGUGAACUUGCUGAGGCCCCUGUUCUGGCGCCAUACCUGUUUCCUGGCCUUUCUUCUGAGCUGCCAGCAUGAGUGACCAAAGGACCCCCAGCUGGAACCUGCCCUGACUGGCCAGGGUGGGACCUUGUGGGCUUUGGAAGCCCCAGACGCCCAGGAAGGGAGGAGGCUUCCUUACUGACGGCUCUGUGCCAUGCACUCCACGUCUGUUAACUUACAGUGCAGCCCUCAGCGGGCACUUGCUUAAUCAGAUGUGCAGAAGAGGCUGUGGGGACCGCUGGGUGAGAAUGGGACAGCAGUGGAAGUCAUAAGAGCACUGGACCAGGAGUCAAGAGACCCCACUCUGCCUCUGACUGGUUGUGUGGCUGGGCCUGUCUCUGCUCUGUUCAGCCUCAGUUUCCAUAUCUGUGAAUCUGGAUCAUCUGUGGGAUUCCCUCCAAAGCGAACCUUUUACAAAUCUUUGCCAAAGACACUGGGGAGGACGAGACUUCAGAAAGGAAGGGGUGAGGGGAGUGGGUUGUUGGGGGUGUUUGGGAGAUGCUGCAGUCCGUAGAGUUGAUCUUUAGCUAAAGACGGGUCCCAGUGGAGCAACCAGGCAGUUUUUCUUGGGACAGCCAUUGCCACCAUAUAUUGAGCACUGGGCCAGUGUCACCUGGUCAGGGGGUUGUGGAGAGCAUGGGCUCUGGGGCCAGGCUAUGUGGCUUGGAGUCCCAGUUCUGCCACUUACCACUGCGUGGUAACCUUCUUAACCCCAGUUAAGGAGCCUCGGCAACCUUCUUAACCCCAGUGUGCCUCAGUUUCCACACCUAAAAAGUGGGAUUCUUACAGCAGCACCCACUUACUAGUGCUGUAGUGAGGGCUGACUGAGUAUGCUGGUGCUGAUGAACGUGGUGUACUUAGAAUAGCGCCUAAUGAACUCUUAUGGCUCAGUGAGUUAUUUCUCAUUCUUAAGUGAGGAAAUGGAGGCAUGCAGAGCUCUAGGGAAGGAAUAGAGACCU